AUGUCAACAUCUGUGUUAGAAGCAACGCAGAAUGUUUUCGAACAGAGGUUCAAUUGUAUUGUUUGCUUGUCUCCACGCCUAAAAAUGGUUUAUGGAUUGUGCCAGCACAGAGUAUGUGAUGACUGUUUAUACAAUAAUGACAUUAGAAGACCAAGCUUUGACAAAUGUCCAACAUGUUUGAAAGAAGACAUGUUUCCUUUAAUCAGACCUGAUAUUCCUGAGGAUAGCAUUGAACAUCAGCGGUGCUUGGGUGUGAGAUCGUGUCCACAUGAAGGCUGUACUGUCGAAAUGUGGGAAUGGGAAAUGGAGUCACAUCUUAUGGUUUGUCCGAAUAGAAUCCAGAAUAAAAGUGUAAACAAGAGGAAAACAUCAUUACCUGAUAAGGAUGUUGGAAGUGAAAAGAGAUUAAAAUUCCAUACCAAAGCUGGAGCUCAAUCAUCUAGAGUGCUAAGAUCUAAAUCAUUAUCAUUACGUGUGACAAGAAGAAUGUACAGACAUUCUCGGAAUAGUACAGAUGUUCUGUGA